UAGUUGGGACGUGGACAUCUCCAGCUCGCGUUGCUCCUGCUCACUGUCAAACAGAAGGCAGAGGGGGAAAGGAGCAAGCCUCCUCUGAGACGAUUUCGUGAUGCGCAACGCGUGCGUAAAACCAGACCGAGCCGACCUACACAGCAGCCAACAAGGCACUUCACGACUGCCUGUUUUUAACUCUGAACAAACAUGCGUGCUGAACGACGUGCUUCCCUCUAUACUUAUGUGAUAUAAUACCUUUUAGAAGACGUUGAAGAUGGAGAAUAUAUCUAUCGCGAACACCCGCAGCGGAGCUCCGGUUGUGUGUAACGAAUCCAUGGACUACUAUUAUCUGAGCACGACUAACCGGACAGAUCUGAACUGCACGCCGCAAUCAGAGUUAUACUUUUAUGCCGACCUCUACGUGGUCCUGCCGGUGAUAUAUUCGGUGAUAUGUGCCGUGGGGUUAACGGGGAACACGGCGGUUAUCUACGUUAUCCUAAAAGCGCCCAAAAUGAAAACCGUGACCAAUAUGUUUAUCCUAAACUUGGCGAUAGCCGACGACCUGUUUACUCUGGUACUACCCAUCAACAUCGCCGAGCACCUGCUCCACUACUGGCCCUUUGGAGAGGUGCUGUGUAAGGUCAUCCUGAGCAUAGACCACUAUAACAUCUUCUCCAGUAUCUACUUCCUGACGGUCAUGAGUGUGGACCGUUAUCUGGUCGUACUGGCGACGGUGCGUUCCAAGCGCAUGCCCUACCGUACCUACCGCGCAGCGAAGAUAGUGAGCCUGUGCGUCUGGGUCCUCGUGAUUCUAAUCGUAAUGCCGUUCACGUUAUUCGCUGGGGUCUACAUCAGUCCGGACGACUCGGACAGGAAAAGCUGCGUCCUCAGCUUCCCGAGCCCGGAGAGUUUGUGGUUCAAGGCGAGCAGGAUAUACACCCUGAUCCUCGGCUUCGCCAUCCCGGUGUCGACCAUCUGUAUUCUCUACACCAUGAUGCUGUACAAACUACGGAACAUGCGCCUCAACUCCAACGCCAAGGCGCUGGACAAGGCUAAAAAGAAAGUAACUAUUAUGGUGUUUAUAGUCUUAGCCGUGUGUCUGUUCUGUUGGACCCCGUUUCACCUCAGCACCAUAGUGGCUCUCACCACCGACCUGAGGACCACUCCGCUGCUCAUCGGGUUGUCCUACUUUAUCACCAGCCUCAGCUACGCAAACUCUUGUCUUAACCCUUUCCUUUACGCCUUCCUGGAUGACAGCUUCAGGAAGGCUUUCAAGAAGAUGCUAGAAUGUAGACCGGCAGGAAUGUAGUAGCCUACAGUGAUUUAGCGGCUAGUGGAUACAUGUUUUAAGAUAAUAUGUUAAUAUUGAUAUCAAUCCAAACAAACUAUGAUUAUAUUAUUUAUGUAUGCUUGAAUCAGUGUUAGGGGCUGUUCAUUUUGCCAUAGUAUGACUUAAAUAUUUAACAUGGUGUAAAUGAUAUGGGAAAACGAAUUUCUAUUCCGGGCAAGCCUGCCCUACUCAUGAAUUGGGGUGGAGGUUAUUAUGAAGGUUCUUCUCCUUAUGCCAUUUAUUUUUCAUGGACUUUUGUCUCCCUCUUCUGUCCCGAGAGGGCAGGUUGCCUACACUGUAGUGACGCUAAAGGGCCUUCAAAAUCAGCGCCGUAACAUAUGGGAAGUCCUCUACAAUGACCACACUGACUCAAGACAAUGAUGUAGCUUGUACACUUUGCUGUGAAUAGUUCUUCUUCAAAGGCCUAUGUCAUUGUCAACAAUAGUCAGUGGUGUCACAUAAAUGCAUAGUCAUAAUGUAUCCAGGCUAAUCUACAUGAACUAAAUAUGAUAACUCAUUCUACAUUUCCUCAAGUCUAUGUUAUGGAGAAUAAUAAUUACAACAUAUUACCGUGUUCAAGUAUUCAUUUGUGUUGCCAUGACACCCUUUGAAAAUAACUUUUAGCUUUUCUGAUGUCAAGAGAGUCCACCUGGUACCUAAUCACAGCUACUGUAGCACUUCUAUACUGUAUCGUCCAAACAGAAAUACAUUGAUUUAAAAAAAAAAUAUAUAUAUAUAUAUAUAUCUGCUGACAAAUAAAAUAUAAGCAAAUAAACUGUGUGUUUUAUUUUGUAGGAUGGCAAUAUAGGCUCUCUUUCAUAAUGGACCUUACAGAGCAUAUGAGCCUACAUCAUUCUGCUGCUGUGUGCGUCCAGCUAAAUGCAUCAAUACCAAAUAAACCGAAUGUGAUAUAUAGGCGACGUCGAA